CUUUAGAAAAUAUAUAUGAUUAACCAAAGUAUUUAUUUAUAAUAUGAUGAAAUUUAUAAGGUAAAAGACUUUUAACAACAAAUGAUAUAGAUGGAACUAUGCCAGGAUCAUUAUAAAGUAAAGUAGUUAAAAAUAUGGAGAAGGCAUAAAAAUUGAGAUUAGAAAGAAAUUCAUAAAGAGCUAUCAAUAAUGAGAUUCUCUAUCUAAAACCUAUUAUGGAUUCUAAAUUAUAAAUUGAAAAAUAAACAACAAGACAUAAAUCAUUUUCUAUUUAAUAAUAAACUCCUUAAAAUCCAUUAUUGCAAAAUAAUAACUAAAAUGAAAUACUAUAUUCAUUAUAAUAACUUAAUGAAUUUUAAAAAUUACCAUAGAUUGGAGACAAUAAAACUUAAAAUAGAGUUCUUAAAUAAUAUAGUUUUUUAGAAGAAUUUGAAAGAAGACCAUCAAUUUUAUAGUAAUGUUAACCUAUGAAAGCUUUUAUAUGA